AUGCCUGCUCUCGCUCGCGCGACCGCCCUCGCGGCGCCGGUCGUCGCCCCUCGGGGCGUCGCCCGACGCUCCACCGGCGCCCGCGUUCCGUCCAUGGCAUCCCGCGUGCCAUCCGCGAACCUCGCGGCAUCCCUCCGAUCCGUCGGCGGCAAGCAGGCGUCCAUGCCCUCCUUCAUGGGCCUGAAGAAGUCCGCGGCGCUGCCCAGGUUCCGCAGCCUUCGCUCGGACACCCCCGCGGCUGUGACCAGGUCCGGUCACGUCGUCGCCGUCGCGUCCCGCGAGCCCUACGCCGGCGGCGCCGUCGACAUGAACCAGAUCCUCGAGGAGCGAGACGCGUGCGGCGUCGGUUUCAUCGCGUCGCUCAAGGGGGAGCGCACGCACAAGACCGUGACGGACGCGCUCACGGCGCUCGGUUGCAUGGAGCACCGCGGCGCGUGCUCCGCGGACGACGACUCGGGCGACGGCGCGGGCGUCAUGUGCAACAUCCCGUGGAAGAUGCUCGGGAAGUACUGCGAGGCCGAGGGCAUCGACGGCUUCGAGGAGGGCAAGGCUGGCGUCGGCAUGGUGUUCCUGCCCCAGGACGCCGCGCAGGCGAAAAAGUCCCGCGAGAUCCUCAACGAGUGCGUCGAGGCGGAGGGCCUCACCGUCCUCGGCUGGCGCGAGGUGCCCGUGAACAAAGCCGUCGUCGGUCGCAUGGCCAAGGCGACUGAGCCCGUUAUUGAGCAGAUCCUCGUCGCCGGCGCCGAGGAGGACGACCUCGAGCGCAAGCUCUUCGUCGCGCGAAAGCUCGCCGAGAAGAAGUCCGCGGCGCUCAACGCCGAGAUGCCCGGCAUCGCCGAGAACUUCUACGUCUGCACCAUGUCCGGCCGCACAAUCGUGUACAAGGGCAUGCUUCGAUCCGCCGUCGUGGGCGAGUUCUACGAGGAUCUCAAGAACCCCGACUUUGAGACGCAGUUCUGCAUCUACCACAGGCGCUUCUCCACCAACACCGUCCCCAAGUGGCCGCUCGCGCAGCCCAUGAGGUUCCUCGGCCACAACGGCGAGAUUAACACCCUGCAGGGUAACCUCAACUGGAUGGCGUCCCGAGAGGCUGACAUGACGCACCCGGUGUGGGCGGGCCGCGAGCCCGAGCUCCGACCCAUCUGCAACCCCGCCGCCUCCGACUCCGCCAACCUCGACCGCGUCGCCGAGCUCCUCGUCAAGUCCGGCAGGCCCGUCGCGGAGACGAUGAUGCUCCUCGUCCCCGAGGCGUACCGCAACCACCCGGAUCUCGACGCCACGUACCCCGAGGUUGAGUCCUUCUACGACUACUACGCCGGCAUGCAGGAGGCUUGGGACGGACCCGCGCUGCUCGUCUUCACCGACGGCAAGAAGCUCGGGUGCAGGCUCGACCGCAACGGCCUCCGCCCCGCGCGCUUCUGGCGCACCUCCGACGACUACAUCUACGUCGCCUCCGAGGUUGGCGUCCUGGGCGACGCCAUCUCCAACGCGGCUAACAUCGUCGCCAAGGGCCGCCUCGGCCCCGGCAUGAUGAUCCAGGCGGACCUGGAGAGCGGCGAGUUCAAGGAGAACACCGAGGUGGCCAAGGAGGUUGCGUCCAGGCUCGAUUACAAGGGUUUCCUGGAGGACAUCAAGUUCCUCGACGCCAAGGAGCCCGGAGAGGCGACGACGAUGGACGCCACCGGCCUCAUCGAGGCGCAAGCCGCGGCGGGGUACGCCGCGGAGGACGUCUCCAUGAUCAUCGAGUCCAUGGCUGCCGACGGCAUGGAGCCCACGUGGUCCAUGGGUGACGACACCCCGAUGCCCGUGCUCUCCUCCCGCCCCCACCUCCUCUACGACUACUUCAAGCAGAGGUUUGCGCAGGUUACCAACCCGGCGAUUGACCCGCUGCGCGAGGGCCUCGUCAUGUCGCUGGAGAUGACCCUGGGCGCCAAGGGGAACCUCCUCGACAACAAGGGCGCCGAAGACAUCCCCGCGGUGCACCUCAAGACCCCCGUGCUCUUCGACGAGGACGUUGAGACCAUCAUGGGCCUCGAUUCCCUCAAAGCCGUUCGCGUCCCCGCCAGGUACGCAGGCACCGGCGAGAAGGGAGCGAUGGCCGCCGCCGUCGCCGAGCUCUGCGCCGCCGCCGAGAAGGCUGUCGCGGGCGGGUCCCAGACGGUGAUCAUCUCCGACAAGCCCGACUGCGGCGACGCGACGAUGCCCGCCAUCCCGUCCAUGCUCGCGGUGGGCGCGGUGCACCACCACCUCAUCAAGGUUGGCCUCCGGUCUCGCGCGUCCAUCGUGGUGGAGUCGGCCUCCGCCUUCUCCACGCACCACUUCGCGUGCCUCGUCGGCUUCGGCGCCUCCGCGGUGAAUCCGUGGCUCGCGCUCGAGACGUGCCGCCAGUGGCGCGGGUCGACCAAGAUUGAGAACGCCAUCAAGCGCGGCAAGAUGCCCAACAUGUCCGUGGCUGACGUGCAGCGAAACUACAAAGCCGCGGUGAACAAGGGCCUCAAGAAGAUCCUCUCCAAGAUGGGCAUCUCGCUGCUCACCUCCUACCACGGCGCGCAGAUCUUCGAGUGCUACGGCAUCGGCCCCGAGGUGAUCGACACCGCGUUCAAGGGCACCGUCUCGCGCAUCGGAGGAAUGAACAUGGACGAUCUCGCCGCCGAGACGGCGACGUUUUACUCGUCAAACUUUCCCGGCGAGGGCGAGGUUCUCAACGGCAUCGCCGCGAGGGGCAUGUUCCAGGUCAAGCCCGGGCUCGAGUACCACGCCAACAACCAGGACAUGUCCAAGCUCCUGCACAAGGCGAUCGGGCUGGGCGGCAAGAAGGAGAGCGGCGAUUUCGACGCGUACAAGCUCUACCAAGAGGAGCGCAACGACCGGCCGGCGACGUCUCUUCGCGACAUGCUCGUCAUCGAGUCGGACCGCGAGCCCAUUCCCAUCGACGAGGUGGAGUCUGUUGGUGACAUCUGCGCGCGCUUCUGCACCGGCGGCAUGUCCCUCGGCGCCAUCUCCCGCGAGUGCCACGAGGCGAUCGCCAUCGCGAUGAACCGCAUCGGCGGCAAGUCCAACUCGGGCGAGGGUGGCGAGGAUCCCCAACGCUACGAGAAGAUCUCCGCGGAUGCUGAGGGCAAGUCCGAGACUUUUCCCCACCUCCGGGGCCUGAAGACCGGGGACGUCGCGUCCUCCGCCAUCAAGCAGGUUGCUUCCGGCCGUUUCGGUGUCACCACCUCCUUCCUCAUGGCUGCCGACCAGCUCGAGAUUAAGGUUGCGCAGGGCGCCAAGCCUGGCGAGGGCGGUCAGCUCCCCGGCAAGAAGGUGUCGCCCUACAUCGCGUCUCUUCGCCGCUCCAAGGCUGGCGUGCCCCUCAUCUCCCCUCCCCCGCACCACGACAUCUACUCCAUCGAGGACCUCGCGCAGCUCAUCUACGAUCUCCACAUGGUCAACCCCAAGGCUAAGGUUUCCGUGAAGCUCGUGGGCCAGGCUGGCAUCGGCACAGUCGCUUCGGGCGUCGCCAAGGCGAACGCGGACAUCAUCCAGAUUUCCGGCGGCGACGGCGGCACCGGCGCGUCGCCCCUCUCCUCCAUCAAGCACGCGGGCGGGCCCCUCGAGAUGGGUCUCGUCGAGGCGCACAGGACGCUCGUCGAGAAUGACCUUCGCCAACGCGUGGUUCUCCGAGCCGACGGCGGCUGCCGCUCCGGUCUGGACGUGAUCCAGUGCGCGCUCAUGGGCGCCGACGAGUACGGCUUUGGCACCGUCGCCAUGAUCGCCACCGGGUGCGUCAUGGCGCGCAUCUGCCACACCAACAACUGCCCCGUCGGCGUCGCGUCCCAGCGGGAGGAGCUCAGGGCUAGGUUCCCCGGCGCCCCCGGAGACUUGGUCAACUUUUUCCAGCUGUGCGCGCAGGAGGUGCGCGAGGAGCUCGCGGCGAUGGGGUACAAAUCUCUGGACGAGAUCAUCGGCAGGAACGACCUAUUCGCGCAGAAGCGCGCCCACCCCGACGGAAGCGCCCCGGGCCAGCCCGCGAAGACGUCCGGCCUCGACCUCUCCUUCCUCACGACGUCGAGCGGCGAAGGCGGUGUUUCUUCGGCUCGACUCGCGCAAGCCACGCACGACGACGGUCGCAUGCUCGACGACGAGAUCCUCGAGGACCCUGCCGUCAUCAAGGCGAUCGAGGAGGAGGGCGAGUACACCGUCAAGAAGGAGAUCAUCAACACCGAUCGCUGCGCCACCGCGCGAGUCGCCGGCGUCGUCGCCGCCAAGUACGGGGAUUCCGGUUUCGCCGGAAAGCUCAACAUCGAGCUGGAGGGUUCCGCGGGCCAGUCCUUCGGCGCGUUCACCGUGGGCGGCGUGUCGGUGAAGCUCGUCGGCGAGGCGAAUGACUACGUGUGCAAGUCGAUGUCCGGCGGUGAGGUUUCCAUCAUGCCCCCGGCGGCGUCUCCCUUUGCCCCCGAGGAUUGCAUCAUCGCGGGGAACACGUGCCUCUACGGCGCAACCGGCGGGAAGGCGUUCUUCAACGGCAGGGCGGGUGAGAGGUUCGCGGUGAGGAACUCGCUCGCGGAGACGGUCGUCGAGGGCACCGGCGACCACUGCUGCGAGUACAUGACGGGCGGAGUCGUGGUUGUGUUGGGUCGCGUCGGGCGCAACGUGGGCGCGGGCAUGACCGGCGGCAUCGGGUACUUUCUCGACGAGGACGACACCUUCGCGUCCAAGGUUAACGGCGAGAUUGUCUCCAUGCAGCGCGUCGCCACCUCCGCGGGUGAGGCGCAGCUCAAGGGACUCAUCGAGGAGCACGUCGCGAAGACCGGCUCCCCCAAGGGUAAGGCGGUGCUCGCCGAGUGGGCCGAGUACCUGCCCAAGUUUUGGCAGCUGGUGCCCCCGUCGGAGGCGAACACCCCAGAGGCUACCGACGUCGUCCCCGAGGAGGUUGCCGCCUCCGCGUGAGAGAGUCGACGGACGCGCGAUUCGUCGCGACGCCUCGUUCGAUCGGGGAGCCGCAUCAUUCUUUUCCCCACAACACUACUUAAACCCUGUCUUGCGAUAGCACAACCACAGAAACAACCACAAGCAGACACCGUGGACGUUUUUUUCAAUCAAAGUUUUCCACACGAGGAGUGUCGUCUU